UGUUGAUUUAUUAUAUAACAUGGACAUUGUGAUGUAAAAAUACACUUUUUCAGUCUCAUCUGACUCGGUUUGUCAGUAACGCUGAUCAAAGAAAAGCUCCAAGAAGUGGAGCUUUAUUCUGGACAAUGGGACACCUAUUGAGGGAAUGUUUUCGAGUGGAAAGACGAGCCAAUUUGUUAUGUCUCCAUGUGCCACAGGUCACAGUGGCGUCAACCAGCUCGGCGGGGUGUUUGUGAACGGCAGACCAUUACCGGACUCCACCAGACAGAAGAUCGUCGAACUCGCUCACAGCGGAGCGCGACCCUGCGACAUCUCCAGGAUUUUGCAGACCCAUGAUGAUGCAAAAGUCCAACUGGACAAUAAGAACGUGUCCAAUGGGUGUGUGAGCAAGAUUUUGGGGAGAUAUUAUGAGACCGGCUCCAUCCGACCACGAGCCAUCGGAGGCAGCAAACCGAGGGUAGCGACGCCUGAAGUGGUCAGCAAAAUAGCACAGUACAAGAGGGAGUGUCCCUCGAUCUUUGCCUGGGAAAUUCGGGACAGGCUGCUGUCUGACGGGGCGUGCACCAGCGAUAACAUACCGAGCGUGUCGUCGAUAAAUCGAGUCCUACGCAACCUGGCUAGCGAAAAGCAACAGAUGGGUGCAGAUGGCAUGUACGACAAGCUGAGAAUGCUCAACGGGCAGACCGGCACAUGGGGGACUCGCCCGGGAUGGUACCCUGGUACGUCCGUGCCAGGACAACCAAAUCAAGAUGGUUGCCAGCAACAGGACAACGGUGGUGAGAACACUAACUCCAUUAGCUCAAACGGUGAGGAUUCAGAUGAGACUCAAAUGCGCCUGCAACUGAAAAGAAAACUGCAAAGAAACAGAACGUCGUUCACGCAGGAGCAGAUCGAAGCCCUGGAAAAAGAGUUUGAAAGAACCCACUAUCCAGAUGUUUUCGCAAGAGAAAGACUUGCAGCAAAAAUCGACCUUCCAGAAGCUAGAAUACAGGUAUGGUUCUCAAACAGAAGAGCAAAAUGGAGGAGGGAAGAGAAGCUGAGGAACCAGCGACGACAAGCCAGCAACUCCUCCAGUCACAUUCCCAUCAGCAGCAGUUUCAACACAAGCGUCUACCAGGCAAUCCCACAACCCACCACUCCUGUGUCCUUCACAACAGGGUCCAUGCUAGGCCGAUCAGACACGGCUCUGACCAACACGUACACGGGUUUGCCUCCGAUGCCCAGCUUCACAAUGGCUAACAACCUGUCUAUGCAGCCAAGCCAGACAUCUUCCUAUUCCUGCAUGCUGCCCACCAGUCCGUCCGUGAAUGGGCGAAGCUACGACACAUACACACCCCCUCAUAUGCAGGCACACAUGAACAGCCAAACAAUGGCAACUUCUGGUACCACCUCAACAGGUAGGCAGAAUACGUUCAUUGUGCAUUUAACGAACUCGCCCUUGAUCAACUGGCACAUUUAUACUACCGUUCAGAAGUCUGGGGUUAGAAAGAUUUUUGAUUUGCAAGAAAUGAGCAGCAAGGACCAACAUUACAUUGACCAAAAGUGACAGUACAGACAUUUAUAA